UGUCUGAUUUGUUAGUGUUAUUAAAUUAAUAAUAAUAGUUAUAUUUUAUUAAAUAAUAAAAGAUUUACCUUUUCUCUAUAAAAAGGGGAAGAAAUGUGGUUACUAAAACCAUCUCAUAUUCCUCCGCUUUCUUCCUCAGCUGCUCACUUUCCAAUAAAAUUCCAAGAAUUGCUGCAAUCAAAGAUGAAACCGGGAGGAAAUACUAUUGUAAUAUGGAUGUAUGCAGUGGCAACAUGGCUUUGUUUUGGAUCCACCUCAGGGUGGUCUUUCACAUUAGAGGAUAACAACAUAUUCCCCAAACAAUACCCAAUUAUAAACUUUACCACAGCGGGUGCCACUGUGCAAAGCUACACAAACUUUAUCAGAGCUGUUCGCGGUCGUUUAACAACUGGAGCUGAUGUGAGACAUGAAAUACCAGUGUUGCCAAACAGAGUUGGUUUGCCUAUAAACCAACGGUUUAUUUUAGUUGAACUCUCAAAUCAUGCAGAGCUUUCUGUUACAUUAGCGCUGGAUGUCACCAAUGCAUAUGUGGUCGGCUACCGUGCUGGAAAUAGCGCAUAUUUCUUUCAUCCUGACAAUCAGGAAGAUGCAGAAGCAAUCACUCAUCUUUUCACUGAUGUUCAAAAUCGAUAUACAUUCGCCUUUGGUGGUAAUUAUGAUAGACUUGAACAACUUGCUGGUAAUCUGAGAGAAAAUAUCGAGUUGGGAAAUGGUCCACUAGAGGAGGCUAUCUCAGCGCUUUAUUAUUACAGUACUGGUGGCACUCAGCUUCCAACUCUGGCUCGUUCCUUUAUAAUUUGCAUCCAAAUGAUUUCAGAAGCAGCAAGAUUCCAAUAUAUUGAGGGAGAAAUGCGCACGAGAAUUAGGUACAACCGGAGAUCUGCACCAGAUCCUAGCGUAAUUACACUUGAGAAUAGUUGGGGGAGACUUUCCACUGCAAUUCAAGAGUCUAACCAAGGAGCCUUUGCUAGUCCAAUUCAACUGCAAAGACGUAAUGGUUCCAAAUUCAGUGUGUACGAUGUGAGUAUAUUAAUCCCUAUCAUAGCUCUCAUGGUGUAUAGAUGCGCACCUCCACCAUCGUCACAGUUUUCUUUGCUUAUAAGGCCAGUGGUACCAAAUUUUAAUGCUGAUGUUUGUAUGGAUCCUGAGCCCAUAGUGCGUAUCGUAGGUCGAAAUGGUCUAUGUGUUGAUGUUAGGGAUGGAAGAUUCCACAACGGAAACGCAAUACAGUUGUGGCCAUGCAAGUCUAAUACAGAUGCAAAUCAGCUCUGGACUUUGAAAAGAGACAAUACUAUUCGAUCUAAUGGAAAGUGUUUAACUACUUACGGGUACAGUCCGGGAGUCUAUGUGAUGAUCUAUGAUUGCAAUACUGCUGCAACUGAUGCCACCCGCUGGCAAAUAUGGGAUAAUGGAACCAUCAUAAAUCCCAGAUCUAGUCUAGUUUUAGCAGCGACAUCAGGGAACAGUGGUACCACACUUACAGUGCAAACCAACAUUUAUGCCGUUAGUCAAGGUUGGCUUCCUACUAAUAAUACACAACCUUUUGUGACAACCAUUGUUGGGCUAUAUGGUCUGUGCUUGCAAGCAAAUAGUGGACAAGUAUGGAUAGAGGACUGUAGCAGUGAAAAGGCUGAACAACAGUGGGCUCUUUAUGCAGAUGGUUCAAUACGUCCUCAGCAAAACCGAGAUAAUUGCCUUACAAGUGAUUCUAAUAUACGGGAAACAGUUGUCAAGAUCCUCUCUUGUGGCCCUGCAUCCUCUGGCCAACGAUGGAUGUUCAAGAAUGAUGGAACCAUUUUAAAUUUGUAUAGUGGGUUGGUGUUAGAUGUGAGGGCAUCGGAUCCGAGCCUUAAACAAAUCAUUCUUUACCCUCUCCAUGGUGACCCAAACCAAAUAUGGUUACCAUUAUUUUGAUAGACAGAUUACUCUCUUGCAGUGUGUAUGUCCUGCCAUGAAAAUAGAUGGCUUAAAUAAAAAGGACAUUGUAAAUUUUGUAACUGAAAGGACAGCAAGUUAUUGCAGUCCAGUAUCUAAUAAGAGCACAACUAUUGUCUUGUGCAUUCUAAA